UAGAGCACGCCAGAUAGCCUUGUCUCCGUACACAGUUAACGUCCCAUUCCCGAACUCAAGUGAAGUAGAAGGAGGGUGAUCGAUCGUCUGAGUAGCCAUCUGCCCCUUUUAGCCAUGAAGGCAGAGACAGUGUCCUCGUUACAAGAGGCUCCAGCUGAGUCCAGCUGGAACCUCAAUAACCUGCUGAGUAGCCGGAAGCUGAUGGCUGUGGGGAUCGUGCUCGGCUGGCUCCUGGUCAUCCACUUUCUGGUCAACGUGUGGCUCCUAUGCCUUCUGUCUGCAUUGCUAGCGGUGCUGGGAGGAUGGCUGGGCUCAAACGCCAUUGUGGGGGCUUCAGGUCGACUGCACCUGGAACGCUUCAUCCCAGUGGCCACCUGCCCUCCAAACCCUGAGGCAGAGAGGCAACUGGAACUGGAGAUCGACCGUACCAUCCAGAUGAUUAUUCGGGACUUUGUGUCGUCCUGGUAUCGCUCAGUGAGCCAGGAGCCGGCCUUUGAGGAAGAAAUGGAGGCCGCCAUGAAAGGGUUGGUCCAGGAGCUCCGGAGGAGGAUGGGCAUGGUGGACAGUCAUGCCCUUGCCCAGAGGGUUCUGACUCUCUCCGGUUGUCACCUGCAGAGCUAUAUUCAGGCGAAGGAAGCCCUGGCUGGGAAGCAGAGUGGUACAGUUGAGCCCUCCCAGCUCUGGGAGGCUUACUGCCGGGCUACUGCCCCACAUCCUGCUAUGCAGAGCGCCAGCACUGAGGUCACUUAUACACGUGGCAUUGUAAAUUUGUUGCUUCAAGGACUAGUGCCAAAGCCCCACUUGGAGACCCGGACUGGUCGCCAUGUAGUGGUGGAACUCAUUACCUGCAAUGUAAUCUUACCACUGAUUAGCAAGCUGUCAGAUCCUGACUGGAUCCACCUCGCACUUGUGGGCAUCUUUUCCAAGGCCAGAGAUAAUCCAACAGCAGUGGUUAAACCAACUUCCCCAGCCAGUGCCCUGGAAAAGCCCUCAGUGCCCACAUCUCUGCCACUGAUUGUUGAGGUACAGAGCCUGCCAGAAGUGAGAGCCCCUUCUCCAGCAGCAGCAGCGCCGGUGCUCCUGAACUGUAAUGAGCCAGACCGGCCUUCCCAUCACUCCCCAGAAGUUGAAGAAGGCCAUGAAGCACUAGAGGGAGAACUGGGUGGAGUGCCAGAAGAAAGAAAAGUAGGUAACAACUCAUCUCAUUUCCUACAGCCAGAUAUUCGAGGCCCUUUGUUCUUAUGUGAAGACACAGAGCUGGAGUCUCCAUUGUCUGAACUGAGCAAGGAAACCAUCAUGCUCAUGACCCCAGGCAGCUUCCUCUCUGACAGGAUCCAGGAUGCCCUGUGUACCCUGGAGGGUCCCCAGUCUCUGGAGUCUAAGGAUGUUGAGGGAUCCGAAGGAAUUGAAGGAGCAGAGGCCGAGCUGGGUCCAGGAACAGAAACAGAGACAGGGCUGCUGGUCUCCUUGCUGACUUCCUGCCCAGAGAUCCACAUUGACACAGCAGACAAGGAAGUAGAACAAGGAGAUGUCACCUCUCUUACAGCUUUGCUGACAGAUCCAGAAAGGACCUGCCCCCCACGACCCUCAUGCUUAGAGAAGGCUCUCACCAAUGGUGUGAGCUCCGUAGAUCCUAAUCUGCCACAGGUUCUGCUUUCCUCCUCUCCAACUGGUCCUCUCAGCUCAGCCACCUUCAGCUUUGAGCCCCUGACCAGUCCAGAUGGCCCAGUUGUCAUCCAGAACCUUCGUAUCACUGGUACCAUUACUGCUCGAGAGCACAGUGGCACUGGAUUCCACCCAUACACACUCUACACGGUGAAGUAUGAGACGGCCCUGGAUGGUGAGAACAGCAGUGGCCUGCAGCAGGUGGCCUACCACACUGUGAAUCGCCGCUACCGCGAGUUCCUCAAUCUGCAGACGCGUCUGGAAGAGAAAUCAGAUCUCCGAAAGUUCAUAAAAAAUGUGAAGGGUCCUAAAAAGCUCUUUCCGGACCUUCCAUUUGGAAACAUGGAUAGUGACAGAGUAGAAGCCCGAAAGAGCCUCCUGGAAUCCUUUCUAAAGCAACUCUGUGCCAUUCCGGAGAUCGCUAACAGUGAGGAGAUGCAGGAGUUCCUUGCUCUGAACACAGAUGCUCGUAUUGCCUUUGUCAAGAAACCAUUCAUGGUGUCCAGAAUAGACAAGAUGGUGGUAAGUGCUAUCGUGGACACCUUGAAGACAGCAUUUCCUCGCUCCGAACCCCAGAGCCCCACAGAAGAGCUGAGUGAGGCCGAGACAGAAAGCAAGCCCCAGACAGAAGGCAAGAAGCCUAGCAAGUCCAGAUUGAGGUUCUCCUCCAGUAAGAUUGCUCCAGCACUGACUAUAACUGAGGCACCUGAGAAGAUUCUCUAUUGUCUCCAGGAAGGCAAUGUGGAGUCAGAAAUCCUAUCCAUGUCUGGGAUGGAAUCCUUUAUUGAAAAACAGACAAAGUUAUUAGAAAUGCAGCCAGCAGAAGCCCCAGAAAAAGAUCCUGAACAAAUCCCCAAAGAUUGUAUGGAUGGUUACUUGUCAGAUGCAGCUGUGCCGGCCCGAGACCUCGGCAACGGUGAUCCAGGAGCAGAGACAGAGCUCGCUGACACAGCCCUAGAUCUGCUCCUCUUGCUGCUGAUGGAGCAGUGGAGAUGGCUAUGUACAGAAAACAUGCAGAAAGUUCUUCAUCUUAUGUUUGGGACCCUAGUUCAGAGGUGGCUAGAGGUGCAGGUGGCUAAUCUAACAUGUCCACAGCGCUGGGUGCAGUACCUCCGACUUCUUCAGGAGUCCAUCUGGCCUGGUGGUAUUUUACCGAAGUGUCCACGGCCUGUGAGGACCCAGGAGCAGAAAGUGGCUGCUGAAAAACAGGCCUUGCAGAGCCUCAUGGGAAUCUUGCCAGAUAUUGUGGUACAAAUCCUUGGGGUGAACAGAUGCCGGCUGAGCUGGAGUCUCGUCUUGGAGUCGCUACGGCAACCCCUCAUCAACAGGCACUUGAUUUACUGCCUUUGGGACAUCAUCCUGGAAUUCUUGGAUCUCAGUGCCUCCGUUGAGGAGUCUACCGUAACCACCUCUGCCUCAGAUACCCCAGGCAACCCCAAGAGAAUGGGUGUCUCCCCUUAGCCAUAGGUUAUUCACCCAUUCUUUGAAGGCUGGGAAAGGAGAGUUGCUCUGCCACCCCGCGACCAGUCAGGAACCUGUGCCCUCUGCAGCUGAACUGUAGCUCAGAAGACCUCGGGUCCCAGGGGCACAGUUCUCCCCCAGCUCUACUCCACAGAGCAGGCGACCUAGCAGAUGAUGGGGGAAAUAUGUACCAAUCAUAUGCAUAUCCAUUUCCAUACUUUUUCUGUGGUGUUUGGAUUGUUGCUGGUGGGUAGAUCCUGGAAAAGGAAUCUGUAAGGUAGAAGAAUGAGCCCCUUUUGCCUCUCCUUUGCCCUCCUCCCUAAGAUUGUUUGCCAGGAGCCUGGUCCUGUGCAUACAUGUUCCUAAUCCUCCAACACACA